AUGCGAACAGCGGAGCAGAUCAAGGAGGCAACAGCCAGCGACCCGCUAUUGCGUGAGGUCCAUCGCUAUGUGCAACAAGGUUGGCCGAAGUCGUGCCCAAGAGCAGAGCUACAGCAGAACUUCCAACGCCGCAACGAGCUCAGCGUUAGCAGCGAGUGCUUGCUAUGGGGCAAUCGCGUCAUCAUUCCGCCGGACCCCCGGAAAGCUGUCCUGACAGAGCUUCAUGAAGGCCAUCCAGGAAUGGUACGAAUGAAGGCAUUGGCGAGAAGCAUCCUCUGGUGGCCGGGCUUUGACGGCGACAUAGCAGACGCAGUCAAAGCAUGCCUCGGAUGCCAAAGUGUCCAGAGCGAACCUGCUGCAGCACCAGUGCACCGAUGGAGCAUGCCAGACCGCGCGUGGCAGCGCGUCCACGUAGAUUACCUUGGUCCAUUGCGGCAAACGAUGUGGCUCGUCAUUGUCGAUGCCCAUUCAAAAUGGCCCGAAGUCAUUCCGAUGCCUUCCAUAACGUCUUUGGCUACCAUCGCGAGUCUCAGGACAGUAUUCGCCAGAUAUGGUUGCCCAGACCUCAUCGUCAGCGACAAUGGUCCACAAUUUGCAUCUGCAGAGUUUGCCGAGUUCCUCGCCUCGAACGGUAUCGCUCACAGACGCUCAGCGCCGUAUCAUCCAGCGACGAACGGCCAAGCUGAAAGGUUCGUCCAGACCUUUAAACGGGCAAUCCAGGCAGUACCACAGUCAACACCUGCACAGAUUGCUGCUGACCGGUUCUUGAUGAGCUACCGCCGAGGAGUCCAUCCGGCUACAAACACAACGCCUGCGAAGCUGUUCCUAGGCCGUCAGCUACGAUCACGUCUGGAUUUGUUGCGACCGUCAACGGCACAACAGAAUGCCAAGACGCCCACCGGAGAGCCUCCUGGCAAGGCACGAUCCUUCGAGGUUGGAGGCGCCGUUCUAGCACGUGAUUACCGGAACGCCAACCAUCCCGGAUGGAUCCCAGCGACCAUACUCGAGAAGCUUGGGUCUCGUACGUACAUGAUUGUCACCAGCCAAGGCGCACAGUGGAAGCGACACCUGGAUCAGCUACGUGCGGGACACCCGUCCUUCAUGGUGGAUGAGCCGACACAAUCUGUGGCUGCACCAUGUCUCCCUCCAGUGCAGCACCCGACCGCAGCAGAAGCACCCGAGCCUGAGCCGGCUGCAGUGCUACAACAGCACGAGGCUGACGCUACCAACGACACAACUGACGCCUCACCGACUCCGACUCUACGCCGAUCGCUGCGGACACGCAAGCAAGUGUCUCGCUUGGGCCUGUAG